UCUAAAACCCAUCAAUGGCAGAGAAGGAUCAACAAGUCCAUCCCAUGCCUCAAUCCAACAACACUCCCGCCAAGCAGGAUGAAGAGGACGGCGGCACAUUGCUAUCCAAAGAGCUUCGUCGCAAGAAACGCAUGAAAUGCUUGGCUUAUGUUGUUGCCUUUGCGGUGAUCCAAACCAGUAUUAUAUUGCUCUUUGCACUCACGGUCAUGAAAAUCAAAACUCCCAAGUUUCGCGUUAGGUCUGCUACAUUUGAGAGCUUUAAUGUUGUGGCAACAACUAGUCCUCCUUCAUUUGACAUCAAGAUGAAUGCUGAACUUGGUGUCAAGAAUACAAACUUUGGUCACUAUAAAUUCGACAACAGCACUAUUUACUUCUUCUAUAAGGGUACAGAGGUUGGGAGUGCCGUUGUUUCGAAGGCACGAGCUAGAGCUCGAUCCACCAAGAAGUUCAAUGUUCUUGUAGGCCUGUCAUCAACCAAUUUACCAAGCAAUUCAGAAUUAGGAAGUGAUCUCAGUUCUGGGGUUUGGCAGCUGAGCAGCCGAUCGGAAUUGAAAGGCAAGGUGGAAUUGAUGAAGGUGAUGAAGAAGAAGAAGUCCACGGAAAUGAGUUGCACUUUGACCAUAAGUUUGGCGGACAAGGCUAUCAGAGAUUUAAAUUGCAGAUGAAACUUGAAUACUAUGUUCUUGGGUUAUUUUGUACUUGGCUUUCUUUUAAAGUACUGUGAUCAUGUAAAUUAAUAUUGGGUAUAUACCCAAGGUGUAA